ACUUUCAUCUCCACUAUCACACACACUACCCUCUUCCUCUGCUGCCCAAAACUGACACCUCCCUUUCUUCUGUCGUAAUAGCUUUAAGGUGGGAUCGAUCGGGAACAUGAUCAUCGAACUAGAAAUUGGGUUCAGAUUCCUUCCCCCUGAUGAACAAAUCAUCAGUUUCUACCUCAGGAAUAAGAUGAUCGAUGAUCAUAUAACCACUCGUCAUAUCAGAGAGGUCGACCUGCUCAAGCAUGAGCCCUGGGAAUUACCUGCCCUGUCUUUAGUACGGUCGACGUAUCAAGAGUGGUGGUUCUUCUACAAACUCAACAAGAUUUCCGAGAAAAAAAUGGACAGAUUAACCAACUCUGGGUUUUGGAAAUCAACGGGUGCGGAUCGGCCGGUGAGUUAUGGAGGCAGGCAGAUUGGUACCAAGAAGACUUUGGUUUUUCACAGGGGGCGUACCCCUCGUGGGGUGGUCAAAACCGAUUGGGUCAUGCAUGAGUUCCGCGCCAAUCCCGAUUUCCUUCCUCAUAAUGCGAGUAAUAGUUAUGUGGUCGGCUACUUAAGGAAAAAUGCUGCUGAGAAAACUGAAAACUCGGUUUCAAAUGUCGGUCAGACAAGUGCACAUGAUCUCCCAUCCACUGGUUCACAUGAUCUCCCACCAACCAGUGUCAAUAAUGGGCAGAUCAUGAUUGACGAAGGUAUCUCCUUUGACGAUCUCGAUUCCCCACCGUCUGAUGCGUUGGUUGAUGACGAGCAAAAUGAGUGGCAACGUCAAUUCGACAACAUCAUUGAGAAAGAAAUGGAAUUCAUGGUUUCUUUAUUGAAUAACCAAGAACAUUCCAAUGUAGAGGCUGAGCACAUAUAUGGUCCUGAUUACUUGAGGAAAAAUGCUUAUGAGAAAACUGAAAACUUGGUUUCAAAUGUCGGUCAGACAAGUGCACGUUUUGCGGCUUCUAUUUCCCCUGUUGGGUUUACGUCUAUGGAGGUGGUUCGUCAACUACAGUCCGACAGUAUGGAUUAUGCACUGGUUUUGCAGAUGCAGAUGGAAGAUGAGGGAAUAUUUGCUUCUGAUCUCUCACCAUCCAGGGGCUCACAUGAUCUCCCUCCAACCAGUGUCAAUAAUGGGCUGAUCAUGAUUGACGAAGGUAUCUCCUUUGACGAUCUUGAUUCCCCACCGUCUGAUGCGUUGGUUGAUGACGAUCUCGAUUCCCCACCUUCUGACGCGUUGGUUGAUGAUGAUCUCGACAGCAUUGAGGAAGAAAUGGAAUUCAUGGUUUCUUUAUUCAAUAACCAAGAACAUUCCAAUGUAGAGGCUGAGCACAUAUAUGGCCCUGAUUACUGGGCAACAGACUCUGCUGGUGAUAGACGCGACACUGACCCUAUAUGGGAUAAUGCAUGGUGUGAUGAGCUAGUUCAUAUGCCUGAUGGGAUUCACCAUGGCCAUUCGGAAAGGCUCAAUCAGAAUCGAUUGGAAACUGGUGUUCAUCACGACGAGAUCCUGAUGAUGGAUUCCAGGGUUGAAUCGGCGACAGUUACAGCCUGUGAGAUCAAUUGUCUUGAAUCGGUCAAGGAGGAAAGGCCUGUUAUCUCAAGAGCCGGCAAAUCUGAAUCCAAGCCAAGAUCCAACAAGUUAGUGGCGCAGGGGCAAACAGGAUUUGUCCAAUUUCAGGGUGGGAAAGCACGGGGGCAUACAGAAUUUGCCCGAUUUCAAAGUGGGAAAGCACAGGGGCAUACAGAAUUUGCCCGAUUUCAGGGUGGGAAAGCAGUGUUCAGAGACAAGGCCAGAGAGAGUGGCAUACAUACUCCUGUUGUUCAACCUGUCCAAAACAAGAAAUCCGUCGUGCAGGCCAACAAAAGCCCUAAAAUGGAUCAGGACAGGAAUGCCAUGUCGGUCUUGAACUCAAGAUCUGAAAGAUCAGCUGGCAGCAGCAGGAAAAAUCCAUUCAAGUUCGUGGAGAUGUCCCAGCUAAGGAUCAAACCAAAGCCACCAUUAGUAUAUGUUACAAAUGUGAUAGUAGGCUCCAUGUUGUUCAUAUUUGUAGUUUGGGGGGUUAUGUUUAUUCGAUAGUUUUAGAGUUGUGUGUAUAUCUAGCAUUAUAUUAUGGUAAGACAUGGAUGGUCUAGAUCGUUAUGCAUUUGUCUCACUUGUUAUGGAAAUAGGAACACCGACCUUUAAAGACCUGUCCUUGCAGUGAGCUGAUAUAUCUGUGUAGUUAAGUUUUAAAACCC